AUGGAGUUCAUCAUAGAUAUUUUGAAGGCGGCCUAUGCAAAGAGUGCUAGAAACCCAAAGGAUAUCCUGGAUAGAAAGAAACGUGCUUCUAAACAAAUCAACAGUUUCAAGACGCGCAAAGAAAUGGCCGGCGCUCUUAUCUUAAUGGCAACCCUGAUUGCAACGGUCACAUUUGCUGCGGCAUUCACCAUUCCUGGGGGCUUCCAAGCUGAAGAUCCACAUAAAGGCAUGGUGGUGUUAGGUAGGAAUAUGGCUUUUAGAACCUUCAUCAUCACCGACACAAUAGCUAUGACUUCAUCCAUGAUGGCUGCACUGAUCCUAAUCAUCAUGCCGUUCCAGACUGAUGAGGAAAUUAUAAAGAGUUUUCUUGGAUACUCCCUACUACUGUUAUGGCUGGCACUUAUGGCAAAGGGAAUAGCAUUCGUGACGGGUCUGUAUGCUGUUUUGUCAGAGCAGUUGCCUCUUGCUAUCGUGGUUUGUUGCAUUGGCUCUGGUCAUGACGCAACACCCUGGGCCUAUGUUAUGCUGGGUCUUGUCGCACUAGGAAUAUUGCUUGGAUGGGCCGGCCUGGCUCGGCCCAGUCCUUAG